UACAUGGAUGAGUGGUGUAUGACAAAGAUCUCAUCCUGGGAUUUGGGAGGAGGUCAGGAGGGUUGUAUAACAAGUUGAGGAGUAGCAGAGAAGAGCAGUGUAUGCUUACAUUCACACACAAACCCUGCAAAUCUUUAAGGAUUUUCUAGAAACUUCACAAUCAACAGAAAAAGAAUGCAUUUGUUUUCCAUCUACUGAUAGCAACUGAAGACCAUCAAGAUCAGAUCUGUUUAAAAUAAUAUCAGCCAAUCUUCAUCUAAGGUCAUGUCCACUAUAACAGCCCAGCCUUUACCCCAUGGUCUGGAAAGAGAAAAACACAUUGAGAUGCAUUUAAGAGCUUUUCACCAGAGGUGGAGUACCUCCAUGGACCCUCAGGAUCUCACUACUACUCCAGCACCAAGAGAAGGCCCACUCUAUGGAUAUCUAUCACCCACAUUCCAAGCUCAAGGCUUGGACACAAACAAGAAAAAAGAAGAGCAGUGGGCCACAGAGACACUACCGGCAGGUCUGGCUGCUCUGGAAACAGUCAGCCAAAUACACAUAACUGCUAUACCUGAGCUUCAGGGCCCCCAGUGCAUUUCCCGCAGGAUGUACAGUAUUGCUGCAGAAACCAAGCAACUGUUUCUGGCUGUGGAAGAGAGCUCAUGUGUUUGCAUGCAGUGCUGUGGACCUGCCCGUGCCUGCUCUUUGCAGGGUUUUGACCAGGAUCGGCAGAAGAUGUUCCUUUUUGAAAGGCCACUUAGAGCAGAUAUGUGCUGCCUGGGCUGCUGCCUGAUGGAGAUGAGGGUUUACACAGCACAGGGGGAGCUCAUUGGUACUGUCCACCAGAGGUGGAGUAUGUUCACACCCUACUUUGAGGUUUGUGACUCUGCAGACUGUCCCUUCCUGAGGAUACAAGGCUUCUGCUGUCCGAUCCGUUGCCUCUCUGACCAGGAGUUUCAGGUUGUUUCCAUGAUCGGUGAGCACAUUGGAACAGUAUGGAAAAAGUGGCCAGGGUACAACGUUGAAAGCUGCAACAUGGACCAUGAACAUUUUGGGUUGGAUGUCUCUCAGAACAUGAACGUGAAAACCAAAGUGUUACUUCUAGCAGGUACAUUUCUUCUGAAUUACAUGUUUUUUGAAAUGAGCUGAAACAAAAGAGAACAAUUGAAAACCAGCAUUGAUGGACUGUAAACAUCGUAUAUGUCAGCUACUGUAAAGGCUUUAUAAAACUUAUAAAAGAAAUAUUAGGAUGGC